AAAUAUGUAACCUCUCUCGCCGGUUUGACAGUUUGACACACACAUACACACACAGCACGCAAAAACAACUUAAAUUUUGACACAUAUUGUUAUUUAUUUUUUUUUUCAUCAACAAUCAUAACAUAAUAAAAACCUUUGUCUAAUAAAAAUGAGUUCGUUAGUUGUUGAUGUACUUGCUACAACUGGUGAAAUUGAGACAGCAAAAAUCAAAGAAAAAAUUAAUGAUAUUCAAAAAGAAAUAGAAAAAUUAAAAAAUGAUGUAAAAGAAUUUAUAAAAGAUAAUUAUAUUGAUUUUGUUCCAAGAUUAACAAAAGAUCCAGUUUUAAUUGAACAUGCUGAGAAGUUAAUAUCUGAAAUACAAACAUUAAAAAUUAGAAUAGACACUCAGAUAAAAGUUGAAUUAUCAGGAUCAACAAAAGAAUUAAAAAACUUGUCACGUUCCCUUGAAGAAUCCAACAUAAGUCUUCAACUUUCAAGUCAACUACUAGAUCUAAAUGACUCAUUAAAACAAUUUAAUAAAUAUGAGGAAGAUAAAUGUUACUUUGAAAGUGCAAAAAUACUUGAAAAAAUUGAGCAAAUAUUAAAUAAACCAAAUUGUGAUUUAUCACAAUUAAAUCUUUACUCACCACUUAGAGAUAAUUAUUCACAAAUAAACAGUACAUUUUUAACAAAAAUAUCUCUUUUAUGGGAGCAACAAGUUGCCUGGAAUAAAACAAUUCAUCAUCAUGAUCAAGAAGCUUUUAGUCUAACAAUAAAAUCAGAUAAAAAUGACUUACAAGAUCUCAUCAAAGCACUUUAUUAUGUCAACAAUCUUCCACUUUGUUUACACAGUUUUUCAAAUAAAUUAAUGAAAAAUUUUAUUACUCCAAUAAUACACAGUAAUUGUUCUGUAUUUGUUGUUGAAAAUAAUGCAUAUCAUGUUAAAAUUUUAAACAAAAAUGAAAAACCCAGUUAUCAAAGUGUACUUCAUAAUUUAAAAUUACUAUUUCAAUUUAUUGAUCAACAUUUAAAUUGUGAUAUUGAGGAUGAUUGUUUUCUUGGUUUAUUAAGACAACAUUUGAUGAAACAAUUGUCUGAUGAUUUAUUGAACAAUUGUAUUGCUGAUACUAUACCAAGUUCAAGUAGUGAAUUACUUGAUUUUAAACCAGUUGAAGAUAAUAUUUAUGAUGUUGAAGGAUAUCUUGUUGACAUUGGAUUUAUUUCAGAUAAUGAUAGAUUUUUAACAAGCUAUAUUAAAGACGUGGACAAGUUGUAUGUUGAAAAAAUAUGCCAAGGUCAUUUGUACACAGCAAGAGAAAUAAUGAAAAAAGAUUUACAUGAUUCAUUUAAAUAUACACCAGAUGAAGAUGUUGAAUUACUUGAAGAUAAUUUGUCUAAUUGUUAUGUUACAAAAAUAAACAAUAAAUUAGAUAAAAAUACAUUUCAAUUGCCAACUUGUUAUAUUAGUAAAAGCACCAAAGAAAUACUUGAUUUAUCAAGAAGUAUUCUUGAAGAGGCAUUGAUAAGUAAUGAUUUAUGUGCAGUUAAAUUGUACUAUACAAGUCGUAAUAUAUUUGAAAUGUAUAUUGGUGUUGUUCCAGAGUAUCAUAAAAAAUUUUUAGAAACUAUACCUCAACAAGUUGCAUUAUUCCAUAAUAAUUGCAUGUACCUUGCACAUCAUUUGAUGACACUGGCAUAUGAAUAUCGUGAUAAAAUACCCGAGUGUUUAAUGAAACACAACAUAACAUAUGUCGAUCUGACAAUAAAAUUUAGAUCAGUUGGUUCAGAAUAUUUUUUAAAUCACAUGAAAUAUCAAAAAAAUAUUAUCACUGAUAUUCUACGAGAUUCAGAAUUAUCUCAACUUGGACAAAGCUCAGAACUUCCUCCAAGCACUGAAAGAGCCUUGAGACAGUGUAUUCGUCAAUUGGAACUUUUAAAAAAAGUCUGGUCUGAUGUAUUGCCUGAAAAUAUUUAUUGCAAAGCUCUUGGUUGUAUAACAAAUUCAAUGAUUGAAGAUCUCGUUACAAGAGUUACAACACUUGAAGAUAUUCCAGCAUCAAUUGCCACUGAAUUAGUAACACUUUUUAAUGUUGUUGUUAAAAGAGCUCCAUCAAUAUUUACGGAGGAAAAUUCAAUAAAUCGUUUCGUUGGAAAAUGGCAGAAAUUAUUGGAAUUGAUUAAAAUGCUUGAGGCAUCAUUGAAGGAUAUUGAGGAUCGUUGGGCUGAUGGCAAGGGUCCACUUGCUCAUGAAUUCACAUCAGCACAAGUUAAACAUUUGAUAAGAGCACUAUUUCAAAAUACCGAACGUCGUGCAGCUCUUCUUUCAAUAAUUAAAUAAUUAGCAUUUCAUUCAUUAAUUGAAAUAUAUUUAAAUCUAUUUUUUCUUUCUUUUACUAAAUAUUUUUCUAACGUUGGAAAUUAUUUUUUUGUAUUUCUAUACGAAAAUUCGUUGACAAUGGCAGUUUUUUUUUUUUUCAAUAGCUAAAUAAUUUACGAGUUUUUUUUUAUAUCAAAUGUAAAAAAUUAUUAUUAAUAAAGCGAAAUAUUAUUAAACCGUAAAUAUAUGGAUUUUUUUUCUACUAGAAAUUUUUGUUUUUUUUUUUUUUUUGUAAUUUUAAUAUUCGAAACUUGAUGGACACUCGUAAUUCUUGUUUUUUUUUUUUUAAUUUCUUUUUAAAUUUAUUUGUGGUGAAGUGGUGAAGAAGUUGGUGGCCGGAUGAUGACAAGGGUUGCAGAAGAAUAUGUAGGUAGGCAGAUUUGGUGGACGAUUUUAAUGAGCAUAAAUUAUUUAAUAAUUAUGUUCAAAUAAUUCUCAAGUCACAUUACAAUUAUCAGCAGAUCAAUUUUGUUUUUUU